UGUCACUGUUCUUAGUCGCACCGGGGGCGCAUGCCCGUUUUCAGGAGACUUCUCAAAACACAUAAGCCCUGGGUCCUGAAGGUUAGGCCUAUUGUUAAUCUAAAUAGUCCUGGCUACUAUCCCGCUGAGUUCACUGACUUUCUACUGAACCCGUAUGUAUGUGAGGAAAGUACUGUUCUGACCUCAACUGCGGAUUUCAUAAACUUGGUAGAAGGUUUGCCUGUGCGGGACGAUCAUUUAUAAUUGAGCAUAGAUGUGACCAGCCUUUACUACACCAACAUCCCCAACGAGCUCGGUUGUCGUGGUAUAUCACACACAGGUGUACAAGGUGGAUGCCCCUCGCCCUUCGUACAUGGUUAUUAACAGCAGUGACUUCCUUGAUGUCAGUCAUUCGGAAGAAAAAUGAGUUCGUGUAUGGUAACGAUGUGUUUCGGCAGAUUCAAGGCCAGGGACUGCCAUGGGUUCGCCUGCAGCAGUGGUCUAUGCCGACAUUGUUAUGCUGUAUUUGGAGAAGCAGUACGUUUUGCCGAUCUUAGAGGGGGAGGGUUUAGAGGUUCAGGUUUAUAGACGCUUUAUCAUUGCAUGGUUGCGAAGGUCAAGCUCAGCGCACUUUAGAUAGGAUUAAUAAGUGUUCGGCCCUCAAGUUUUCUCAUGAACUGGCACAUGAUGGCAUUGAUUUCCUGGACACCACAGUUUUCCGUAGUAAGGGAUACAUGGCGGUGAAGCCUCAUUUCAAGUUCACCAAUCGUUUCCUGUAUCUGCUUGUCGGUAGUAACCACCCCUGUAGUAUGGGCAAAGGUGUGUUCACUGGGGAGUUGAUCCGUAUCCGUCGGUCUUCGACCCUUGACCACCACUACGAAGCUGCUGCCGAGCGGCCGAAGCAGGCUUUCCGGGCCCGUGUAUACAAGCGCUCCAUCUUUCAUCUUUCAGACCCGUACACUAGGAAUGGAUGCGCAGGGAAGAGUUCUAGCAUCCGUAGCUGCCUCAGGGGGUGCCACUUCUCCCAUCAGCGUCGACUAGUCCGCCGAUCUCACUCAGCUCUGCUCUCCGAGCAUGCUGCUUCCAACACGACUUCCCGAAAGAAAAUGUGCUCGCGCAUUAGAAGGAGGUGAAAGAUGCACCUGCAGGAGAAUACAUGCUUAAGAGAAGGCAGAAACAUGCCCGGAUCCACCAGAACUAGUGCUGGCAAGUCAACAGAGGCGAGUACUGAUAAUGUUCCAGAUUGUGGUAGGAUCACAUAAGCAAAAUUGACACUGGGAGGCACGGCGGUGGGUCAGCUCAUGGCCAGCGCCAGCUCCAGUGGAUAUCACGUGCAUCCAGUUCUAGUACUAUAGUAUGACUGCUACAAAGUAGUGCGGCCCAAAUAGAACUCGGGUCAGGUGCCGAAGAACUGGGGGGGGGGGGGGGGCAUGUAUCAAUGAAUGGUAAUAACUCCGGAAAUCAUGCUGGUGUAUCGAGGGCGUGGGCCAAUGAAGUGCUGGAUUGAUGGUGGACGACUGUACUGCAAUCUUGGCUGGUCCCACUAUCGCAGAGACAGCACUUCCUGGUGCAACCACCCUAUCCUGCAAUCUAUAUAAUAAUUAUUAUAAGAGAUUUGUGUGAACGAUUUUAGCAUGAUGCAAGUCAGCUUAUUGUGCUGGGGCCUGGCUACAUGUCACUAUAGCUUUUUAUAGACUCGAUCACCGCAUUACGCUGCUUUGCGUUGACUUGAUUGAGCACUCUUUUUGGUUAGUGUCAAAGGUAUAUGUAAUAUGUAUCUGCCUUCGUGCAAAGCUCUCUUUGUGCGUGUCUUGCAGAUAGCUCGCUGACUUUGAUGCUUUGAGCCAUUUUCAAAUUGCUUUUUUUGUUCAUUUCAUAUAGACCGUAUUGCCAUUUGUUUAACCUCCCGCUCUGAGCUCCACUGAUGGGACCUAAAAAAGGCUGAAACAGCUGUCUGGAGAUUGA